UGAUUUCUUUGGGGAAAAUAUCUAGCUGUCACAUCAAAUUCCUGAAGUCUAAUAUGACGUAUUUACAGUAGAUUAUAAUGUGAAAAUUUUUUAAUUAUCAGAAUAAUAGAGUGUAAGGCAUUAAGUGAAAUUUAAGAGCAUAUAAAUACUCUCUAGAAAAUGUAGUAUAAAUAAUUUACUUCAAAGUUAUACAUAACUUAGAAAAGAUGUGAAUAGGAUGAAAAUUCAUGAAAAUACUUAUCAUAAUAUAAUAAAUUAUUUUUUAAAAAUACUGCAAUGAGUUGGUUAAAAAAUAAUGCAUUUAUAAAUAAUGCAAAUAGACAAUGUCCUCAAAAUAUUCCUACGAAUAUUACUGAUCGUAGUGCAUGUUAUGAUAGUUUUUGUAAACAUUGGCAGCAAGCACAUGACAUUAUAAAACAGUCAUUUUUGACAACAAAUGAAUCAAUCCACGAUUAUUUAGUGGCGUUUAAUAAUCAUAUAGAUCAAAUGGUGACAUUAUUAAUAAUUGAAUUUCGCAAUAAUACUACUCUUAAAAAUUGUCACUUAACUGUUCAAUCAAAUUUAUUAUGUCUAGAAUAUUUGUUAAGUGAAAAUUUACUUGAUAUUGUGUAUGAUUGGAGUGCAGUAACUAGAAGCAAUACUGUAGAUUUAAAAGUUAUAAAAUUAUUUGAAUUAUUAAUAUCGUAUAAUGCAUCAAUUAUUGGUCACGAGCCGAUAUUAAGGCCUCUGUUGAAGUUACUUAAAUCUUAUGAGAAUGAUGUCCUAUCACCGGAUUUAGAAACAGAAUUGAUAAAUUUGCUUCACAGUAUUUGUGUCGCAUUAACACUAAAUUCAACGCUUGUGGAUGUCUUUUUUUGUUCAUCGACAGAUGACUCGAAACGCAAAUUCUUAAUACUUUCAUUAUUAUUACCUUUCAUACAUCGAGAAGGAACAAUCGGUCAAAAAGCUCGAGAUGCUAUGUUAUUAUUCAUAUCACUGUCACAGAAAAAUCCUGACAUGGCUGAUUAUUUAUCAGAAAAUUCUAAUGUCUGUCCGAUUUUAGCUACUGGAAUAAGUGGUUUAUAUUCAUUAUUACCGCGAAAACUUGAUAUUCCAAAUGAAGAUUGGUGCAGACUAACGCCUGAAAAUGUUUGCAACAUCUCAUCAUUAAAUCAUCUAAUUCGUUGUUUAGAAUUUUGUAAUGCUGUUGCAAGACUUUCACACAUAUCUGUACAGAAAAAAUUAUCAGAAUACUUAUAUCAAGGUUUUUUAGUUUCUGUGUUAGGUCCAGCAUUAUUACAGACGUCUUUAGAUGAAGCAAUCACCGCUACAAUUUAUUUAGAAUUAUUCUUGCACAAAGUCACAAAUCCUGGGCUUUUAUACACAAUAAUCAAAUUUUUACUAGAAUCAAAUUAUGAUGGGUAUAGAAUAUUAGAUGUAUUAAUCCAAAGAAUCGCUACUAAUUCAAAAUUAUGCAUCGUAACUCUAGCACUUUUUGAAACUUUAGUAGAUCUGAAUAAUGAAGACAUAAUGCUAGAGUUAUGUUUCUCAUCUUUAUCUCCUUGCUCUCAUGUUAUGCUUUCACAACGUAGUAAGCUACAAGAUUUGGAUUUUUCUGGAAAUACCGCGAAGAAGAUAUUAUCACUGCGGCCAACUUGCUGUUUAUCUUGGACAAAUUGUGUAGAGAAUAAAUACGAAUCUACCAAUUCUAAUAUUUCAUAUGAAAACUCAGAAUCGUUGAUGUCUCCAACGUUAUCAUUAUGUAGCCAACUCGAUGACAGUCUUAUUGGCAAUUAUUUUGCUUAUCUUUACAAUGCAAGAACACAAAUUAUUUUAUGCAGAUUAUCAUGUUCUAAUUGGUCAUCAAAGUAUGAUGGUAGUGAUAACAAUGAGAAAAAUCAUUUUUAUAAUGAAGAGAAAAAAUCCGAAGCUUAUUUUGAAAAAAGAGAAUCAUAUUCAUCAACUGAUGAUAUCAUAGAAAAUGUUAAAUCAUUAAUUGAUCAUAAUCAACCAUCAUAUAUUGAUUAUAAUAAUCAAGAAAACUCACUCAACGCCUUGGAAGAGAUACUUGAGAAUAAAAAUAAAAAUAAUGAAAGCUUCGCACUUGCAUUGUCAGAUACACUUACAGAUAGGCUUUAUAUUAAUGAUAAUAAUGAACCCGACAAUAUCAAUGCUAAAGAAUUCAUUCAAUGUAAUAGUAAUUGUGACAAAUUACCUGUUCAAAACUCAAUGGAGUUAGACGUAACUGAUGCUCAAUUUAAACAGCCAAUUUUAUCUUCUAAUAAUAAUAAUAAUAUUAACAAUAAUAAUAAUAUUAUUCAGAAUCAUAAGAAUAAUAAAAAUAGUAAUGAAAAAAGUACAAAUAAAAAUAGUUCGCUAAUGAUUUAUAAUACAUCUAUGAAUGAUGAAGAUACAAUCAGCAAGCCAAGUGUUGGAAAAUUUUUAGAUGUUAUUUUAAAGAAGUUGGAAUUCAUGACUAGUAAUAAUUUGUAUGUUAACUUGCGCCUAACUGGGCUUAUUAGCCGACUUGCCAUUUAUCAACAGCCAUUAUUACAAUCUUUUUUACUUAAUCCGUCAUUAGUCUUCCAGCCAAGUAUUCGUUCGUUAUUUCAAAUUUUAGCUUCAUUAAAACAUAAAAUUGAUCAAUAUCUAUCAAAAGUAAAGAAUGUUGAAGAGUUAGUAUACCAAGCACGAUGCUUUUUAAGAAAUCGAGAAUUACAAUUAAUAAAUGAUCAUCAAAAUGUAUCGCUGUCAUCUAUAAAACAGUUAUCAGCGACAAAAAAGAAUUUUAAUUCUGAUCCGUUUGAUAGAAAUCGGCCAAAACGUAAAAGCCUGACAUCUCACUUCACGCAAAUAUUCAAAUUUGGUGUCAAUGGUGUGCCACAAUACCAAAAACCGAAUUCAACGACGUACUUGAACGAGAAUAAUAACUCCCAUGGCUGUCCCGAAUCAAUGAUGUCAAUAAUUUCAACAACUCAACACGUUGUAUUGUGCGCUGUCAUACUAGAUGAAUGGCUUAAAGAAUUAUCAGCAAUAACACAAGAGCAUUGUAUUUUAUCAUUAGACAUGUAAAAAAAGUGUAAUAUCAUCAAAAAAUAUGUACUAUUAUACAUAGUAGUUGUAGUAAUUUAUUAUUAAAUAAAUUAUUUGUUCAUAAAAAAUAA